CCGCCUCCACUCUCCGUCGGACAGCGGGCGGCCCCCCCCCCCCCCCCCCCCCUCCCCGGGAAAGGCCGCAACACGGGGAAAUCCGAGGUGGAAGGAUGUCGGGGUUCGGCGACGGGUACGUUGGCACGGCGCAGGACGCGGUGAAGAUCCGGCGGCUGGAGAAGCAGCGCGAGGCGGAGCGCCGGAAGAUCGAGGAGCUCAAGAGCAAGAACGCCGACGGGCAGCCCGGCCUCCUCCAGUUCGGCUCCAGCACCUCCGAGAUUCUUGAGACUGCAUUCAAGAAGGAAACUGUUGGCCUAGUUACAAGAGAACAGUAUGUUGAGAAGAGGGUUAACAUACGAACUAAGAUCGAGGAGGAAGAGAAAGAGAAGCUUCAAAAAUUGCAACAAGAAGAAGAAGAAUUGCAAAUGCAGAAAAGGAAAAAGAGGAGAGUGAGGGGAGAUCCACGCUUGUCGUUCUAUGAUGACAUUGGGAACGGAAGUGACGAGGAUGAGUUUGAGAACCAAGAUACUCAGAAGAAACAACUUGGAAAGGAUCCCACAGUUGAGACAAGUUUUCUACCUGACAGAGAGAGGGAGGCAGAGGAACAAGCAGAGCGAGAACGCUUGAAGAUGCAGUGGUCGCGUGAGCAAGAAUUGGUCAAAAGUGAACCUCUUUCAAUCACAUACAGUUACUGGGAUGGUACUGGUCACAGGAGAGCUAUCCAGGUGCGUAAAGGUGACUCUAUUGGAGAAUUUUUGAGGGCUGUUCAGCAGCAGCUUGCUCCGGAGUUCCGUGAAGUACGGACAACAUCAGUUGAGAACCUACUCUAUGUGAAGGAAGAUCUCAUUAUCCCUCAUCAACACAGCUUCUAUGAGUUAAUUAUUAAUAAAGCAAGGGGCAAGAGUGGACCGCUUUUCCACUUCGAUGUUCAUGAGGAUGUGCGUACCAUUGCUGAUGCAACAAAAGAGAAGGAUGAGUCUCAUGCGGGGAAGGUUGUGGAGAGGCACUGGUACGAGAAGAACAAACAUAUAUUCCCGGCCUCGAGAUGGGAGAUCUAUGACCCGACUAAGAAGUGGGAGCGCUACACGAUCCAUGGAGAUUAAAUUUCGCAGCAUGAUUCAGCAUAGUUUGAGAAGUGAAGUGUUUCUACUUUGGAUUUAUGUAGCAGCUAGCACCGCAGUUUUGCUAAUGCGACAUCCGAAGAUCAUCAGUGUUAUUCUCUGCAACGAUUUUUCCCUUCCUGAACCGUAGUUAACUGUACACCUGUAUGCUCCUGAAAACUUCCAUGAACUCAUUUGGAUACUUGGAUAUAGCGGCCGCACAUCUUCUUUUCGACGACUA